CUUCUCGCGUCAAGUUGGAAAGUUUAGAUAUACGCGCAACGAUACCACUCUUAACUUCCCACUAUCUCUCAUUGCAUGUAAAGGUGUCAUGGCGCCGGCAGUGGCGCCCUGCCUUUACAUCGGAACUCGCCUGAGUCUAGAGCAGGCCGACGAGACAUCGACAAUCGCAAUCACUCUCCCGUCUGCUGGAGCAUCGAUAUCCACCACACAACGAGCGCCUGUCGAGAUACUCCCGGAAAUCGGAAUUGGGGAGGACGAGAAUGACUUUGGCCGACGCCAUAUCUCGACCGAAGGCUCCAUCCACUUCUUUCCACAUACGAAUGGUCCACGAUCGCUGCUAUGGCGUUUGCUUGAUGAGCGUACGACCUUGGAGCUUCAAACGAUUGACCUGACCCAACACCGAUCUACGAAAGCCGAUCCCACUCUCACACUCCAAUUCAAAUUCUCCAGUCCUGUCCGGACAUCAUGCGUGGCAUUUCCGCACUCGGGACACUCAGGCGAUGGAAAGCAGACUGUGGCCGACCCCUUCGAUUUCUUCGUCCUAACGACCGCAAACGAACUCUACUCCCUUCGACUUCCAUGGCGGUUCUUCGUUCCGACCACUGCAAACAAACCGAUUGCGGCACCAAGCGAUGCUUCUGUGUUUGAGCAGGAGCCGCCCUAUAUCGGAGUUACACCCAUCGUGGACUGGUGCAAUCUUAGCAAGCCUCAGGCAUUUGCUUUCAAAUAUCCGUACCGCUUGCUCGCCUCCAGUGCGUCGGAGCUGCUUGUAUCGACCCAUGAAGGAACCAUCAUCCGGCUAGAGCGUGGACAUAGCAACAAUGUGUCGGGUUGGAGAGAAACCUACUACUCGUUGAACGAUUGGAGUAAAUCGCUCAAGAGCUUGCUCACAUGGAAAUCUUCUCACUCCGUACGAUUCGAAGGCCUGGAGCUGUAUGGAAAUGCAGCGGCUAGCCUAGCACAAUCUCCAGACAAGCGCCACAUAUUCACAGUUUGCCUGGAUCACACCCUAAGGGCGUGGAACCUGCACACAGGAAAGGUUGGAAUGGAGGCCGAUCUUGCCGGCGCAGAGCUCGACGAUCCGGAAAGAAAAACGACCUUCCUCCUAGAUCCGUCAAAACAAGACAUGCUGCAGAUCCUAGAUGUCUCGGGCCAAGAUGGAGAUGCGUACUAUGUGGUCACGUAUUCUCCCCACACACACCAAUUCAAAUUUUGGGGGAUUUGGGAUGCCGAUGAGACCGAGAAAGGAUUCCGAGACAUUCAAUCUAGCGUCCGUUUCAUCCCCCCAGUGGAUGAGCUGAUGAACACCUCGGUUUGGACGCUGGAAAACUUCCAUAUCAAACCCUCGACUGGGUGGAGGCAGACUGAACUCUGGAUCCGCGCGAGAUCCGGCCCAACAUCACGGGUGUUCGGGCUCAAGUUCAGUUUGUUUGGUCCUCAGAAGACCCUAGAAGGGGCAUGGAAGAGGGGCUGGGUAUACGUCGAUUCGGGACUGUCGUCCGCCGACGCCCUCAAAUCACAGUGUCCUAUCGACUUCUCGCAAUCGACCCUCGACCUUCAUAAUCCCACCAUGACUGAACGAUGGCUUCGGUAUUUGUUUAAGUCCGGGACAUUCUCGGUGCCGUGUCUUGAAAGCGCUUUAACCGUUUAUUUCCGCGGAACAGGUAUUCAGGUUCAGAGGCAGAGCGCAAAGAAUAUCCCAUUAAAAGAGCGUGUUAGCUUUGCCAUUGAGCAUCACGCGAUGGAAACUGUCAUGGAUGAAGACUACCAAAAUCCGGACGCUCACGAACUAGCGAUCGGAGCUCAAUGGCAGAUCUUCUUCGGACUUGUUCGAGACUUGCAUAAAAGCAGAACUGAAACACUCGCCCUCUGCCUCGACGAUCAUACCAACACACCUUGGCUUGUCGAAGCCGACUUUGUGUCGGUGGUUCGAAAGUGCAGCACUAUCGAUCUCUCGAUCCUCAACCACGACACCCUCCUACAUCGACCAAAGUCCGCACCAAUGACAUUAACCCACGCAUUUCAUAACAAGGAGUCGGUAUCAAGGGCACCGUAUAUGCUUGUUAUGCGUGAGUUUCGGGCAGGCCUUCCUGCAUCGUUCCAAGAGGUAUUGGAGCGUGCCGUGUCCCUUGAAGCAAUGGAAGAGCCAUCGGUGGUCCUGCUGGAGCGGCUCAGCAUGUUCGAAGCACAAUGCGGCUUAUGCGAACUCGUCAGUGAUGAUUUGUUGUCUAAACUGGCCGAAUCCAUGGACGAGCUCGGGGGAUUCAAGACGCUGAAAAACCAACUCUUCUAUGACAUUAUUGAGGAAUUGAAAGAGGACCAUCACGGCCAUCAACACAAGCUCGACCUGACUCGAUAUGGUGCCGAGGGGCUGCUUCAGGGGACCAGAGAGACUUUGUCAAGGACGUUCCAGGUUCUUCUCGACUUACUCGUUUUCGUCAUUUUCGUCGCCAUUGAUAUCGACUCAUCCGUCCUCUCCUCGGAAUUCGACCCUUCCGAAAUUUACAAUGAGCUAAGCUCGCAGCUGAAGGAGCAGUGCAUCCUCCGUUGGCUGAACGAAACGUACUGCACCGGUGAGAAGUCGCCUUACUCUAAAGAACUUGCGCUAGACCCACGAGAAACCGUCAUGCAGAGCAUGUUCAUGGGGGAUUGGCAUCACAUCCCGUCACCAAAUGGGGAUCUUUCUACUCUGCUCACGUAUUGGUGUCGGGCGUGGGUGUCGGGUCUCUCCUUGUCACAAGAAUUCGACAACAUUACAGGACGGAUAGCCAGUUAUCUACUCCAACAUGGCGAGGUUCAGAAUACCAGCGACUUCCUACGGUUCCUCCCUGUCACUCCAUGGACCAACUACUUACGGGCUAGGGUCAAGUUAACGCUUGGAGACUUCGCUGAGGCUUCUAUCCUCUUCAAGAAGAGCUCUUUCAUGCUUGGUGAGGGCCAAACCGACAUUGAGCAAGUCGAUGCGGGCAUUUUGAAAGCCCAGGAAAAGGAAGCCUUCGGGGGUGGAGUCGGCCAGUAUUAUCUGCACGUCGGCCAGCUGUACGAAGCCGAAAAGUAUUCCCCUGGUGUGAUUGAGUUUGCCAGAUUGGCCCAAGACGCCCUGGAGAUUGCUCCGCAAGAAGCGGACGAAGCGAGCCUCGCUGAGUUGAAUAGCUGUUACCUUCAUGCAUGCCUCCAAAUCCAUGACUAUGAAGAGGCGUAUCUUGCCUUGUGUCAGUCGGGCGACAAGUCUCAACAAAAGCAAGGUCUAGAGGCCCUGAUCAAAGCCAUGCUCCAGCAUUCGACCAUCAAGCAACUAUUCCAUGGCCUCCCAUUCGCAUCCUUCUAUAACGAGGUAGACGACAUCCUCGUUUCGAUGUGCCGCAACACACUGGACACAAAGACCGCGGGCGUCCUCCAACAGAUGAUCUACACCUGGCGCAUCUCCCGCAACGACCACCGCGGCGCCGCCGGCAUCAUGUACUCGCGGAUCCAGCGGCUCCGCGACGCGUCCGAGACCGUCAACAACCCGGCCGACGAAACACUCGCGCAGAGCUACCUCGUCGUGAUCAAUUCGCUCAGCUUGGUAGAUCCGGAUAACGCGUGGAUCUUGACGGAGAGGCGGAAGGGGGGGCAGACGCUGGUCACGCUGGAUGACGUGCGGAGGGAGUAUCAGGCGGAGUUGGAUCGGAUAUCGGCGAUUGAGCAUGGGCAGUUUGGGUUUGUGGAGGAUGAUGAUGAGGAUAUUCUAUAGACGACGGCGGCAAAAGGAAUACGCUACGGUGGCAUCUCGUCUGCACGUAUGUAUAACAGCCAGCGCGUCUAGGACCUAGGGGAUGCGGAUCUGACUCCAGAGGAUAUAGCUAAUAAAUCACCCUCAGUCUCCCAAUGGACUUCGCAGUGCUGACUUAAUCUCUUUAUACUGGUGGUUCAAAUACGAAUCAUACUAUGUACUCUUGUUUUACCUUCACAUUGAGGUAGCCUCCUGGCACGGUGCCAUGUAGAAGUCGCGG